GUCGCCGUGACGGUAGUUCACGCGGACGUUGUUUGCAUUCGUGUGUGUCGUCGUUGUCGUCGUCGUUGUCGUCGUUGUCGUCGUUGUCGUCGUUGCCGUGCGCGAGUUUCGCAGUGUUCCGAACAAAAUAAUUAACAUUAAUACUAGAAUAAAAUAUAUGUGCACAUAUAAUAAUAUUAUUCGUCGUAGAAGUUUCUAGGACCGUCGUCAACGUAAUACAGGUGGAAAAUGCAAUCAGAAUCAAGUUCACUCCAUACUCUUACAACAAAGCAAACUAAAAACAAAGAGCUAUGGCUGAGAGCGAUACAUCGGAUCCACAGCCAGAAAAGAAGGAAUCAACAUAUCGACUUACAAAAGACAAAUUCUGUUUCAAACAUGACAGUGGAUACGUUUGACGGCACAGACUACAACACCAACAAUACAUCACAAAUUCCAAUCGAGUACACGGAUCCUGUGUUCAAAAAAGGCAGAGUUUACAAAGGCAUUUAUUGUCCAACGCUCACCAACAGUUUUCGAAAACCCAGUCUUGAGCUAUCGUAUCAAAGAUACUCGCACAGACAACGGCAGAAGUCCUUAAUCAUCGUUAAUUUCGUCGACAUGACACUUAAAGCAGUUUUAGCCGGUGUGUGGCUGUUGCCGACCUACCACGAGCCGUACCAUAGCCAAAGGGCCAUAUGGACGUGUCUGACAAUGUUCGCCAAUCUCACCGUAUGUCUGCUCGGUUGGUGGAAAUGCUUUGCCAAUAACUAUCUCCAGUGGGCAGCCGUUUUCACGUGGUGUUUCAUUAAUAUACAAGGUUUCGUAUGGGAGAGUUAUGGUCAAGGAUCUAGAGAAUAUCUAGUGUGGUACGUGCUGUUCAUCGUUUUCGUUACUUAUGCCAUGCUACCGCUUCCGUUGAGAUGGUGCAUACUGGCCGGUUGUUCGACCGCACUAUUACACAUACUCAUCACCAGUUACACAAAAUCAUCAAAAGAAAAAAAUAGACUGUGCGUCAUUCGCCAGCUAACCGCAAUGGGUCUAUUGUACGCUGCCGUCAACUUUGCUGGAAUGUAUACAAAGUACUUAACGGACCGAAGUCAACGAAAAGCAUUUUUAGAAACGCAUAGGUCCACCGAAGCCCGGUUCAAAACCCAAAAGGAAAACGAACAACAAGAAAAACUUUUACUCUCGGUUUUGCCAGAUUUCGUUGCUAGGGAAAUAAUUAAAGAUAUUGCUUCUGAAACGGACAAAGGACCUUUUAUGCCAAAUCAAUUUCACCGAAUCUACAUUCAUCGCUACGAAGACGUCAGUAUUUUGUUUGCAGACAUUAAAGGUUUUACAGAGUGGGCGAGUCGUACUUGUGCUCAAGAAUUAGUCAGAGUACUGAACGAUCUAUUCGCUAAUUUCGAUAAACUAGCUGCAGAAAACCAUUGUCUUCGUAUCAAGCUUUUGGGAGAUUGUUAUUAUUGUGUCUCAGGUCUUCCUCAAACUAGACAAGAUCACGCCGUUUGUUGUGUAGAAAUGGGUUUACAUAUGAUAAACGCGAUUAAGGAAGUACGGAAUAAAUUGAACGUCGAUCUAAAUAUGCGCAUCGGAAUACAUUCAGGGUCAGUUCUAUGUGGCGUCUUAGGACUCAGAAAGUGGCAAUUUGACGUGUGGUCUUACGAUGUGACAUUAGCCAAUCACUUGGAGUCGGGCGGAAUACCUGGACGUGUUCACAUAUCUAAGGCUACUCUAGAUUGUUUAGAAGAAGCCUACGAUACAGAACCCGGUCACGGGGAAAAUCGCGAUGCUUAUUUGAGGGAUCACGGGAUUGAAACGUUCUUGAUUAAGGAACAAGAACCUUGUCGAGGUCACAGAAAGCUACAAAAAAAUAAUUCUUCGAGACCGCGCUUGUGGUCAGACGAGAAAUUAUGUUUCAAUUCAAAUGCGCAGAAUCUAAUAUCACCAAAAAUUGAGGAUUAUAUCGAUGAUAGCAAAUGCAAUGAAUGGACUCCGGAAAUACCAUUUGAAAACUUAAACACAAGUGAUCAAGGACUGGAAAUGGACGAUGGUGAAUGUGGUACUCCUAUCACAAUUGAAGGAGACCUCGAACACGCCGAAGACAUUAUGGAUCAUUGUAUCGAAGUGGAGAGUAAUGAAAGAAUGAGAAAUGAAAACAUAGAUCGAUGGACUUUAAGGUUCAAACAAUCAGAAAUUGAAACUAAAUUUUGUCAGUUACGCGAGGACAUGUUUAAAUCAAACAUGGCGUGUUGUUUUAUCAUAUGGCUGCUGGUUGUAUGUUGUCAAACGAUCAUGUUGCCCCGAUGCAUGAAACUAUUGGUCGCCUUAGCAUUCACCACCGUUGUGCUUUGUGCUGCACUGACACUUGUCAUGGCAGAAGAGUUCAUGCACUUGCCGUCCGCUUUGCAGAGGAUGUCCUCAGUGUUGGUGCAAAACCGGUUCAGGCGGACAAUGUUCAUUUGCGCUGUAGUCGGACUUAUAUGUUUUUCUUCUACUCUGAGUCUCCUGUUUACGCCCGACGAGCACCUGAUCCGGAAAGAAGACAACUUGGACGGCGACGGCCGAAGGACGAAACGGCGGACCGAAGAAUCCAACGACUGUGUGCACCCCGAGUAUUUGGUGUUCACAUGGGUCCUGUGUCUAAUAGCCUUAGCCACCACGCUCAAGUUAUACUUCCUGGUCAAGACUUUCCUGGCAUCCAUCAUGGUGGCUGUGUACACGGGACUCACGUCGCUAGCCUACCCCCAGGUAUUCUCACAGACCGACACUGAGCACCGGACCAUGCCGUUAUCGUCGCAGAUGCUGUUGCUGUUGAUCGUGUUCCUGGUGCUGGUGGCCUAUCAUGCCCGGCUAGUAGAGGUCACUUCUCGACUAGACUUUCUGUGGAAACGGGAAGCUGAACGGGAACUCACCGAGAUGCGCGAGACCAGGACCAACAACCGACAACUGUUGCGCAAUAUAUUGCCCGAUCACGUCGCCCACCAUUUCUUGUCAUCCUCACGCAGGCACACUACUGACGAACUAUACUCGCAGUCCAUCGACAAAGUUGGCGUCAUGUUUGCAAGCAUUCCAAAUUUUACAGAAUUUUAUUCAGAAGACAUAAACAAAGGCAUGGAGUGCAUCAGAUUGCUGAACGAAAUAAUUGCUGACUUCGACGAAUUAUUAUCGGAACCGAGAUUUGGUUCGAUUGAGAAAAUCAAAACCGUCGGUGCGAGCUACAUGGCCGCGUCCGGGUUAAAUCCUGGUGUUAAAGACGGAGAAGACGAAUACGGUCACCUUUGCGCUCUUGUCGACUUCGCAUUAGCAAUGAAACAAUGUUUACAAGAUGUCAAUGUGCACUCUUUUAAUAAUUUUCAGCUCAGGGUUGGAAUAAGUUGCGGUGCCCUAGUGGGCGGAGUCAUCGGAGCGCGGAAACCCGUGUACGACAUAUGGGGAAACACCGUGAACGAGGCUUCCAGGAUGGAUUCCACAGGCACUAUGGGCCGCAUACAAGUGCCCGAGGGCACGGCCAAAAUCCUGAUGGACAAAGGUUACGAGGCGGAGUUUCGGGGCUCGAUCGCGGUCAAGGGCAAAGGCGAGAUGAAAACGUACUUCGUGGUGGGCAAAAAGGGAGCCGUGGCGAACAACCUGAGCCGACAGUCGAGUCAGAUCAGCAGCUUGGCGACCGUCGUCUACGGGAUGGUGCAAGCCAGACGCCGGCAAAACACAGUAAAAAAAAGACAUUUUCAUCGAAUGAUCAAACAGCGGGUGCAGAUAUACAUAAUAUGUAUGGUGAUGACACGCGUGCGAAGAAUAUAAAAUCAAUAAUAAUACACUGCAGCAGCACGGUCCGUUACGGGAUGGUCGUAUGAGAUAUCCAAAACGGCUGUUGACGGGUGUCGGUUUUGGACCUAAUAUAAUAAUGUGUAUAGUCAUCACUUGCAGAAAAUACGUACUGCAGUUCCUUGGUCACGAGCACACAUCGGUUUGCGAAACAAAACACUACGUUAUGUAAAAGUAUUAUGAUAAAUAAACUAUGUGUUACAUAUGCUAAUAAUCUCUUCGCCGUCGUAUCACAAAACGAAACGUUAGAACUUUCUCGAUUAUUAACUUAGGUAAUAUAUUGUAAUUAUGUGUUGUAUGUUAUGUAUAUAAACAUUCGUUAUCUUGUGUAGUAUAUUCAGUUUCCAUGCUCAUUAUUCAGAAAAAAGCACGAAAAAUCUUUUUUU